AUGGCUGCUACAGUUGAGAUCCCUGAGCCGCCAGCCUACCCAUUUGUUGGCCAUGUCUUCCAAAUCAGCCCGACAUUCCAGCUGGGCUCCUUUCGGGAUCUUGCUGAUCAACACGGAGAUAUCUAUCGACUACGUUUUCCCGGAAUCAAUAUUGUCGUACUCUGCACGCAAGCCCUGAUCAACGAAACAUGUGACGAGAAGCGAUUCAAGAAGUGCAUCGCUCCGCCUUUAGAGCACAUUCGAUUAGGUGUACACAACGGGCUCUUUACUGCCCGAGAUGAAGAAGAACCCUGGGGUAUCGCACAUAGAGUCCUCAUACCGGACUUUGGACCCCUCAAGAUUCGUGGCAUGUACGAUGAGAUGUACGAUGUUGCAAAGCAGCUUACUUUGAAAUGGGCCCGUGCUGGACCUAGAGAAUGGGUAAAGCCUACUGAGGACUUCACGCGCCUAACCCUUGAUACUAUUGCGUUGUGCUCCAUGGGGUUCCGCUUCAACAGCUUUUACUCACAGGAGAUGCAUCCGUUCGUCCAAGCCAUGGCCGACUUCCUUUACGAGUGCGGCGAGAUAGACAGAAGGAUUUUCCCAAGCUUCUUCUAUCGCAACCGCGAUAACACGAUGUCUAAAAACAUUGAUACGUUGCGUCGAACGGCACAAGAUGUACUAGACGCUCGUAAGAGUGGCCUAGAUGACCGGGACAAUGACCUGCUUACUGCUAUGCUCAAAGGCGUCGAUCCACAGACGGGGAAGAAGAUGACAGACGGUAGCAUUCUGGAUAACCUGAUUACGUUCCUUAUUGCUGGGCAUGAAACCACGUCAGGAAUGCUCUCUUACGCAUUUUAUCAAAUGCUACACAAUCCCGAAACAUUUCAAAAGGCACAGCAGGAGAUUGAUACAGUCUGUGGCAAGGGUCGGAUUACUAUCGAUCACAUUUCAAAGCUGCCCUACAUCAACGCCGUCCUCCGUGAAACCCUAAGGCUAACCUCGACCAUUCCUGCCUUCUCUGUGGAGCCCAAGGAGGAUACAAUAAUAGCCGGCAAGUAUUUCGUCAAAAAGGGGCAGCCGAUUGUGAAUCUUGUCUUCAAGGCCCACUUAGACCCGGCUGUCUAUGGCGAUACAGUCAACGAAUUUAUCCCAGAGCGUAUGCUGGAUGACAAUUUCAACCGUCUCAAUCGGGAGUUUCCUAACUGCUGGAAGCCAUUCGGUAAUGGCAAGCGGUCCUGCAUUGGGCGGGCUUUCGCCUGGCAGGAAGCCCUACUUAUCAUGGCGAUGCUACUCCAGAACUUCAACUUUGAGCUCGAACCUGGGUAUGAGCUCUCGCACAAACAGACACUAACCAUCAAGCCAGACAAGUUGGCCAUGCGGGCAAUGUUGCGCGAUGGGCUUACCCCGGUGACGCUUGAGCAGCGACUCGGAGGCUCAGGCCCAAGAACUAGCGACUCUAAAGCCGCAGAAGCAGGACUGGCCUCGGGUGAGGGUAGAGGCAAACCCCUUACAAUCCUGUACGGCUCUAAUAGCGGCACAUGCAAGUCGCUCGCUCAGCAGGUGGCCACCAACGCGCCCAGACAUGGAUUCCGUGCUGUCAAGCUUGACUCCCUUGACACUGGCAAGGAGUGCCUUACCACUGAUCACCCUACAGUUAUCGUCACAGCAUCGUUCGAGGGAGAACCGCCUGACAAUGCCGGGCAGUUCGUUUCCUGGAUCCAGAGCCUAGACGCAGAAAAGAAGCCGCUGGACAAAGUCUCGUACGCCGUCUUUGGUUGCGGCCAUAGCGAUUGGGUAAAUACUCAUCAGCGUAUCCCAAAGCUCAUUGACAGCAGGCUGGCUGAUUUGGGGGCUGAAAGGCUUGUCGGCUUGGGCACAUCAGACGUCUCUACGGGAGCAACCUUUGGUGAAUUCGAAGCUUGGGAGGAUGGCAUGCUCUGGCCAGCCCUCAGGGCUCGGUAUGGCGACAACGAUCAACGCAACAGCGCUUCCAUUUCUGAACCGCAGGGAGUCAGCGCCACCGUAUCCCAUCCCCGAAACUCGACUCUCCGUCAGGAUGUCCGCCUCGCUACCGUGAUCGAAACCGAGACACUUACAACAUAUGAGGGCGGCGAACUCACCCUCAAGAAACACGUCGAAGUUGAACUACCCCCUGAGCUAAAAUACGAGACGGGAGACUACUUGGCCGUUUUGCCCGUGAAUCCAGAAGAGACGGUACGACGGGCAAUGAGGGCAUUGGGUCUCUCGUGGGAUGCUCAUCUCGACAUAACGUCGGAUGUACCAGUGGCCCUUCCAAUGGAAGGGUCAGUUUCGGCCAGGGAUGUUUUAAGCUCAUAUGUCGAGCUGUCGCAACCAGCUACCAAGAGGAACAUUCUGAAGCUCAUUCAGAUCACCAAUGACGAAAAGACCAUUCAAGGUCUGACUCAGCUGGCGAACGAGCAUUAUACAAAGGAAAUCAGUGCCAAGCGAGUAUCUGUGCUGGAUCUCCUUGAGCGUUUCCAGGCCCUCUAUAUCCCUAUCGGGACCUUCCUUUCGAUGCUACCUCCUAUGCGCGUCCGCCAGUAUUCUAUCUCAUCAUCGCCGCUCCUCAAGCCCUCCCAUGCAACACUCACCUUCUCAACUCUGCGCGAGCCCUCACUCUCAAACCCUUCGAACCCUCACAUAGGCGUGGCUUCCUCAUAUCUCGCUAGCUUGCAACCCUCCGAUGUUAUCCAAGUCAUCGUUCGCCCAUCUCCGCCCGCAUUCAGCCUCCCAUCUAAUCCUGAAACCACCCCAAUCUUUCUUGUAGCAGCUGGUACAGGUAUUGCCCCAUUCCGCGCCUUCAUCCAGGAGCGUGCGCUCCAAAUUUCUUCUGGCAAGAAACUCGCACCGGCCUACCUCUACUUUGGAUGCCGGUCUCCAGAGUCGGACGAUCUGUAUCGAACCCAACUCGACGAGUGGGAGCGUCUUGGUGCCGUUCAAGUUCGGCGUGCUUACUCUCGGUCCACUGCCACACCUGAGAGUCAAGGCUGCAAAUACGUUCAGGAUCGGUUGUGGAAGGAUCGAAAGGAGGUUUGGGACCUCUGGGAGAAGGGCGGUGCCAAGGUUUUUGUCUGCGGAUCCAAAGCUGUCGCAGAGGGGGUUCGGGACGCAAUGAUACGAAUGAAGAGGGAAGCAAGCCAAAAUGACGAGAGGGGAGAAUCAGAGUUGACAAAGUGGUUCCAUGCGCAGAGGAAUGUGCGAUAUGUUGAGGACAUUUUUGAUUGA